GCUGGAGGAAGAUUCAGGAACCCGAGGUGUCUGGGGAUUCAUAGACGCCUUGGAAGGCACUGGACAUUCCUCAAGGUUAAUUGCUGAUUCAUGGUCAUUAUUUAAAAGUCACAGAAUUUCUUGCUCAAUACCUGUUUCCUCCUCUACGUGAUAUCGGACUGACUUCAUCAGAGCACACACCUUAGCUGGGGACCGUCCGUACUGCUUCCAGACUCUCAUCAGUUUCGCGAUGGAUUCUCUCAUUGCGGCAAACACCAAAUUUUGCCUCGAUCUUUUCCAAGAGAUAAGCAAAAAAGAUGGUCAUAAAAACAUCUUCUUCUGUCCUCUGAGCCUCUCAGCUGCCCUCGGCAUGGUCCAUCUGGGGGCCAGAGGUGACAGUGCACGUCAGAUCGACCAGGUACUACACUUCAGUGAAUUUUCCCAGAAUAAAAGCGAAGAACCUGAUCCCUGUCUGAAGUACAAACAACAGAAAGUGCUGGAUGACAGCUCUCCGGGAGGGCAGAAAGGAACGACAGAGCCUCUGACUCUGCAGGUGGAGUCUUCAAACGAUGAUGUUGGAUUUCUCAGUUGCUACUUCGGGCAGCUUCUCUCCAAGUUAGAUACCAUCAAAGCUGAUUACACCCUGAGUAUUGCUAACCGGCUUUAUGGAGAGCAGGAAUUUCCAAUCUGUCAGGAAUACUUAGAUGGUGUGAUUCAGUUUUACCACACGACAGUUGAAAGUGUUGAUUUCCGGAAUGACACCGAAAAGUCCAGGCAAGAGAUUAAUUUCUGGGUUGAAUCUCAAUCCCAAGGUAAAAUCAAGGAACUCUUCAGCAAGGGCAUCAUUAACAAUGCGACCGUACUGGUGCUGGUGAAUGCUGUUUACUUCAAGGCCAAGUGGGAAAAAUAUUUUGAACGUGAAAACACAGUUGAUGCACCUUUCUCUCUAAAUGAGAAUGAAAAGAAGACCGUGAAGAUGAUGCAUCAAGAGGGUCUGUUUAGAAUCGGCUUCAUAGAGGAGCUGAAGGCACAGAUCCUUGAGAUACCGUAUACCACGGAGAAGCUCAGCAUGCUGGUCCUGCUGCCAUCUCGGUCCGCAGAUAACCUGAAGGGCCUGGAGGAGCUUGAAAGAAAUGUCACCUAUGAAAAAAUAGUGGCCUGGAGCAGCUCAGAAAUGAUGUCAGAAAAAACAGUAGCCAUCUCCUUCCCCCAGUUCACCCUGGAAGACAGCUACGAUCUCGUUCCAAUUCUUCAAGACAUGGGCAUCACAGAUAUCUUCGAUGCAAAGAAGGCUGAUCUUACUGGGAUCUCUCCAAACCCCAAUUUGCACCUGUCAAAAGUUGUCCAUAAAACUUUUGUGGAGGUGGAUGAAAAUGGCACACAGGCCGUUGGAGCCAGUGGGGCUGUUGGCAUGGGAUUGUCUGCGCCAUCCAGGGAGACAUUUAAUGCUGAUCACCCUUUUCUCUUUUACAUUAGACACAACAAAACCCAAACCAUUUUAUUCUAUGCCAGGGUCUGCUCUCCUUGAAAGGAGCACACUGUCCAGUACCUGGGAGCUGAA